AUGAAAGUAGCUAUAGUUGGUGCUAAUGGCCGUGUUGGUCGACACAUAUGUAAAAUCCUCAAAGCCAGCGAUGACUUUAGCCCUCUGGCCAUUGUUCGAAGCGAAGAACAGAGAGAUUACUUCAAAAAAGAUCUUUCAAUUGAGGCUAGCUUGACAAGCAUCGAAGACAGCUCGGUGGACCAAAUCGGGAAAGCAUUCGAAGGGUGUGGUGCCGUGGUAUGGACUGCUGGUGCCGGUGGCAAAGGCGUGGACCGGAUUCUCACAGUGGAUUUGGACGGAUCAUUGAAAGUCAUGGAGGCUUGCAAGAAAUAUAAUAUACCUCGUUUGAUCAUGGUUUCUGCCAUCAAUGCAGAAAACCGUGAAUUUUGGUGGAAUACGGCUUUGAAGCUAUAUUACAUAGCCAAACGCACUGCAGACAUUGUGCUUCGUUCCUCUGAUCUGGAAUACACAAUUUUGCAGCCAGGCUCGCUGGGCGACGGACCUGCUAAAGGUAAAUUGACUGCUCCAGACCAAAUUCAAACGAAGAAGAAGGACUUCUAUGCUAUUGAGAGGGAAGAUGUGGCCCAAUUCGUGUUAGUUGUGUUGCAAAACCCCGAAAAAACGUCACGGAAGACUAUUGAGUUGGCAAACGGCGAUAUUUCGUUCGAGGAAUUUUUGAACAAAAUUUGA